UACUUAUGUGAAAAACGGCACAGCACCAUUGGUUUAACAUUUAAACACUCCUCUCUUGACUUCCGAUUAUACAUUACGCAACACUCGCACUUCUACUCAUACUAACACUUGCUGCUGACUUAUUAGGGUUUCAGUUGGCGUGCUCAGUGAAAAACGGUUCACAUGAGAGGAUGAUAAAUGUCAGGAAAUCCUUUUUCAGCCUUUUCGGGUUGUAUCUGAUAUUUUCGAACACUGAAUGUUGCUUUGACGAUGGCUGUUAUCUGCCAAAACCAAACAUCACUCUGAAAGCUAUUAAUGACAAGCAGACCCUUGUGGUGAGCUGGUUGGUAAAACACAGCAGUUUUGUGGGUGACAUUUAUGAGAUCGAGCUCAGCCGCACUGAACAGCACACCGUUAUUUACACUAAAAAUGUGAGCGUAUCACCUGGAGUUUCGGCCGAAUACACAUGGACAUGGAUCUCUGAUCUGCCUCUGGAGUGUGUUGAUCACUCUGUCAGAAUGCGAUACUAUAAUCAGUCUGACCAGAGUCCUUGGAGCAACUGGAUAACCAACUCUGGAUUCAAACCAAACGAUAAGAUCCACAUUUUCCCCUCCAGCCGUGUGCUGAGGCAGGGCAGCAGUGCCAUGUUCUGCUGUAUUCCCCCAACAGGGGUGAACGUUAAAAGAAUGACCUUCAGGAAUGAGGAAUACCGUCUUUUGAGCAUUGGAGGCGGAGUAAAAGCUAUUACUGUAAACAACCUCACUAUCCCAAAAGCAAUAAUUAAGCAUUUGUUACUGACCUGCGAUGAUGCAACAGGCAAAAGUUUUCCUGUCUUGAACUAUAUCAGUUUUCCACCCGAGAAACCCAGAAACCUCAGCUGUGUAACCUUUGACAUGGUAUCUGUCAGCUGCACCUGGGAUUCACCCAGAAAGCGACUCCUGCAUGAUCGCAACGUGCAAAUUUACACUCUCCACAUAGAAAACUCAGACAAGGCUCCCUUCACCUGUGAGCAGUCAUCAUGUACUUUUCCAGCUGUGCCACACCUGCAAAAUUAUAACAUCAGUGUGUGGGUGAAGGACAAGCUAGGAGAGGAGAUGGAACGUUAUAGCUUCAACAUCUCUGACAGAGUGUUUCCUGUUGUGAAGUCGCUGAGAGUGAACCGCGGGGUGACAGACGCCACAGUGUCCUGGAGCAUGCAGGAAAGCUUGACUCGUAUGAACCUUAUCUGUCAGGUUGCUACAGUCCCACUCGGCACCAUGGAGCUGAGGUGCAACAACAUUAUGAGCAGUUUCUGCGACACAAAACUGGAGCACCUGGUUCCCAACACGAAGUACAAUGUCAGAGUACGCUGCACUGUCAAUGGACGACUGUGGGGAGAAGGGGCAGAAGAAACCUUCAUUACAGAUCCACUGGUGUCCUUGGAUUUAUGGAGAAGAAUACAGCCGCUGUCUAACUCGCGCACUCGUCAAGUUACUCUGAUGUGGAAGCCACAUAUUGCUGGCACAGCAGCCACAAUAAACAUACAAGAGUACACGGUUCAGUGGUCACAGGAAGGCCAAACAGAGUCGAAGAACAGCAGCGUGGGCCAGGCAGUGGUGUCCAUUGGCCCAGGAAAGUGUGACUUCACUGUCCAGGCUGUCCUCCCCUCUGGCACCUCCAUCCCCGCCAAUAUCACCAUCCCACCAGCAGAGCACAAAGAAAAUCUCCCAGUACAGAAGCGUUUAGACAGCACCAGCGAGGGUGGUUUCAAUCUGACAUGGGAAGAUCAGAGCACUGCCACCUGUGGCUAUGUUGUGGAGUGGUGUGUGCUGGGAAAUGCAGUGCCUUGCACUCUGCAGUGGAAAGUGCCAGAGGGAAAUAAUGCAUUGUUAUUACAUGCUAGUGAAUUCCAAGCAGGUUACAGGUAUACAUUUUAUAUUUAUGGAUGCACAGACAAUGGAUAUGGACUACUGGAGAUACAGACUGGUUACUCACAGGAAUUCAAUUCUGUUCAGCGCCCAAGUCUGGUUGAACCUGUUCAGAGUACUUCCUCUUCUGUGACACUGGAGUGGCAUUACAAUGAAGAUGAUCCAGCUCAGCCAGCAUUCAUCAUGGGGUACCUGGUUACAGUGCAGGAAAUAGGAUCUGUUUUGCUGCCAGAUGGGUCCAAUGUCUCAGUGGCAGAGCCCCACGUGAAGUUUGUGACCAUAGAGAGUCUGAAGGAGAACACAGAGUAUACUUGCUCUGUGAGUGCUCUCACUAAAGAGGGGCCUGGGCUACCAGCCAGCAUUACCUUCAGAACCAAAAGCAACUACUCUUCUCUCAUAAUCAAGGUACUGACUCCCAUCUUUUUACUCAUGGGCUUCACUGUUCUCCUGUGGUCCCAAGUGAAAAUUGUGAGGAGCAGGCUGAAGGAGAUAUUUAUUUACCCUGUGGAUAUGAACAUUAAAACUCCAGAGUUCGAAAGCUUCCUGCAUGAGACUGAUCAGUGGCUGCAGUCUCAGAAGCCAGAGGAGUGCAUCAGCUGUGACAUCCAGAUUUUGAAUGGCAGACCCUCUCUAAAUGAAAUAACCGCACUGAGAGAUUCUGAGCUUAUGAAUGAACCAUGCUCUCCUAGUUUGCAGUCCUCGCUUUCAUCUUCAUCACCUUCUUGCAUGCUGCUCGAAGCAAAUUACUGUCCACAGUUAGCUACUCUGCCCUGGGACAGACCAGCCUCUCAGCAAGUCACAAGCCUGAUGAACAGGAGUUACUUAUACACUUUGAAGGAGGGUUACUCUGAACCACCUAACGUUGUAUUCAGUGAAACCAAAUCAAGCUUUGAAGCUUCUGACUGCCCCCUUGAAUCAUGUGGUGUCAUAUAUGGUUAUAUCGCCAAUGAUUCUUUAUAAAUACUGAGUCAAGUCUGACUCAGUAUUUCUUCCUGUCCCAUACCGUAAAUACAGAAUUUGUUUAUUAGACAUAUUGUGAAUCAGCUAUCCUGUAUUCAUGCUAAACUGUAAAUUGCAGAAGUGGUUUUGUUUAAAAAUGAUAUUAUAUGGGUGUUAUCAUAACAAAGAAUUAGUAGUGCACAAAACUCAAAUCAGAUUGUCUAAAGUUUGAUGUGAGAAGAGAAACAAAAACUCAGGAUUUUGCUCAACUGUGAAGGAACUGGAGAUGUUAUCUACAGGAUGUAAGUGCUGCAACAGAUAAGGUAGAUGAGCAGGCUUAGAUGUUUGCAUAUUUUCUGAGCAUGACUUUUUAACAUAGCUUGUGAUGCAGAAGUUAAUGGGAUGUAGGUAUAAUGCUUGAAGUGCCAUGCUAUAUGAAUCUAUAGUUAAAAACGCGACUCGUGUCGCAUUGCUAUUAGCUCAUUUGGUUCAGCAGGUGACUCAUGUGUCCUUUGAAAUGAAAACAUGAAUAAAGUGCUUUUCUAUAUAAAUGUAAGAACAUUAUUAGAGGUAUUAGUUUAGGAAUUUUUAACACAGCCAUCUUUUCACCUUUUCUCCAUAUCCUUUUAGACAUCCCAGCCCUGUCUGAUUCUGUGGCAUGCAUGCUCACAUUCACACUAGAUUAACUUGGCUCAACUUGUUUUCUUUUCUUUUCAGAAUCCUAUUAAAUGGCUUUCUUUUUAUUUUCAAGCAUUAUUAA